ACCCCGGAACCCCCUAAAGGGGGAGACUCUCUGAAGAGGAAGGACUGUCAUUCAGACCUCCUGGGGCCCAGCCCGAAGAGGAGCACUGAGAGGAGGAACCGGGAGCAGGAGAACAAAUACAUCGAGGAGCUGGCAGAGCUGAUCUUCGCCAACAUCAACGACAUGGACGACCUCAACGUCAAACCAGACAAAUGUGCCAUCCUCAAAGAGACGGUGAAGCAGAUCAGACAGAUCAAGGAGCAGGACAAAGCUCCAGUGGCUGAUGCUGAGGAGGUGCAGAAGGCCGACGUCUCCUCCACAGGUCAGGGCGUCAUUGAUAAAGAUGCUCUCGGGCCCAUGAUGCUAGAGGCUCUGGACGGCUUCUUCUUCGUGGUCAACAUGGAGGGCAACAUCGUGUUUGUUUCGGAGAACGUCAGCCAGUACCUGCGCUACCAGCAGGAGGAGCUGAUGAACACCAACGUCUACAGCGUGCUGCAUGUUGGCGAUCAUGCCAAGUUCAUCAAGAACCUCCUACCUAAGAGCCUGGUCAAUCAUCGGAGCGGCGACUCAUCCAACAGGAACAGCCACACCUUCAACUGUCGUAUGUUGGUCAACCCUCACGUCGACGGUGAAGCUCGGCCGACCUCUGACCAGCAGGACACGUCGCAUCAGAAGUACGAGACCAUGCAGUGUUUCGCUGUGUCCGAACCCAAGUCCAUCAAAGAGGAGGGGGAAGAUUUCCAGUCUUGUCUCAUCUGCGUGGCAAGAAGAGUCCCCGUCAAAGACAGACCGGUGAUGCCCACGUACGAGAGCUUCACCACACGGCAGGACCUUCAGGGUAAGAUCACAUCACUGGACACCAGUCUGCUGCGGGCAUCCAUGAAGCCGGGCUGGGAGGACCUGGUUCGACGCUGCAUUCAGAGGUUCCACCUGCAGAAUGACGGAGAGAUGUCCUUUGCCAAAAAGCACCAACAAGACGUGUUGAGGAGCGGCCACGCGCUCAGCCCCAUGUACAGGUUCUCCCUGGCGGACGGAACCAUCGUCUCCGCUCACACCAAGAGCAAGCUGGUCCGAUCGCCUGCCACCAAUGAACCACAGCUCUACAUGUCCCUGCACAUCCUGCAGAGGGAGAACAUGGGUGGCAUGAAUGCGGAUGCGCCAGGUGGGCAGGGCAUGAUGAAGCCGAUGACCCCGACCAGUGUGAGCGGUCCCUCCCCUUCCCCUGACGCCAGUGUCACCAGCAACACCCACCACUCCAUGUCGGCCUCCAGCACCCCUGGACGCGGUUUUGGGGCUGCGUCGGGUCGGGCACCCACGCCUCAGGGAAACAACCACGCACUCAAGCUGGGCAGCCCUUCAGCCCAGGGAAGCCCCAGUGUCACCUCAGGGGUCCAGGGUGCCAUGUUGUCUCCUCAUCACCAGAGCCCCAGCAUGGCAGCGAGCAGCAGCAGCUGCAGUAGCCCUCACCUCCCCCAGCAUCCUCCUGGGUCGUUCUCUCCUGUAGCCGGCCUCCACUCGCCAGCAUCUGUGUGCAGCAGCACAGGAAACGUCCAAGGGUUCAACUCCCUCAGUGCACUGCAAGCCCUGAGCCAGGGCCACAGGGUCACCCAGGGACUCACCGAGGGGCAGCAUCCAGAGUCACCUGACAGGAAGCCAGAUGGCCUUCAGAGCCCUCUUCACAGCAGCAGCGCUGGAAGCCAACGAGCCAAGAACCAUCCUAGCUUAGAGGUGGAUUUGUUUGGAACUUUUGGUGAGCAGCAAGACCUGUUGUCCCAAAACCAGGAGGGUGAGCAGGGGGAAGGGAAAGACGGUGACCCAGAUGGCUUUGGAGGUAAUGGAGGCCUAGGCGAGCUUGGUGACAACCCAAACCGCCUUCUUAACACCAAAGGGCACACUAAGCUUCUCCAGCUCCUCACCACCAAGUUAGAACCCUCUGAUCCUGGCUCGCCAACGGGGCCCCUCGGGGACGACCAAAACUGUAAGGACCAGCUGGGCAGGAUUGGGGGUGUAGGUGGGGCUGGGCAUAACAACUACUCCACCUCGUUAAAGGAGAAACACAAAAUCCUCCACAGGUUGCUGCAGAACAGCACCUCACCUGUGGAGCUUGCCAAGCUAACGGCUGAGGCUACCGGAAAAGACCCCAUCGGUCCUGAAUCAGCUACAGGGGACAACAUGGCCGCCCUGGGUGAACUCUGCGCAAAACAGGAGCCGGGGAGUCCCAAAAAGAAGGACAACGCAUUGCUACGCUAUCUGUUGGAUAGGGACGAUAACGGCAUCCUGGAUAAAGCCAUUAAGAUGGAACCUGCCGAUGGACCAAAGCUGUCCAACAUUAAGACAGAGAAACAGGAAGUGGGGUUCAACAUGCCGGACCAGACCAGUGAGCUGGAGGACCUGCUGGAGGACCUGCAGAGCGGCGGCCAGCAACAGCCGUUCGGGGGCCAGCCACCGGCCAGAGGACCAUCCUCCUCUUCGUCCUCCUCUUCCUCUGUGCCGCCUGGUUCCUCCGCGGACAAACAGACCAUCAUCAGCGACAUCCUGCAGAUGACCGACAGUGGCAGCAGCAGCAGCCCCCCCAACCAGCACCGAGCCUUCCCUCCAGUCGGCCCUGCAACCUUUAACGGUGCCAGGCCGGCCCAACCAAGCCGAGGUGCUCCUCCAGUCAGGAGCAUGUCUAUGGACGGCAGUAUGGGCCCCAACCCCAACACCACCAGGCCUUUCCCCCCUCAACACAGGAACCACGGCCCCUACUCUUUAAUGCAGCAACAACAACAGCAAGGCAUGAUGGGAGGUCAUGCAGCCAUGGCCAACCAAGCUGCAAUGGCCAACGCAGGCAUGAUGAGCAACGGGUCAAUGCGGGGCUCCAUGCAGCAGGGCUGGGGUCCCCAGGGACCCAUGGGGGGUACUGCAGGACCAAUGAUGGGCCAGGGGAUCGGACCUGGUCGCAUGGUCCCCAACAUGAACAGUGGGCUGCCUACAAGAGGCCCACCUGGAUCCAGAACUAUGGUCAACAUGCAGAUGAUGGGCAACGAGGUGGCAAACCCCACCUACACUCAGCAACAUGCUCCACCCAAUCAGACUGCACCAUGGCCAGACCGAAUGAUGAUGGAUCACUAUGGAAACCAAAGCAGGCCACCGUAUGGCAUCCCCCAGGAGGACGGGAUGGGGUGUUGCAGCACGGGGCCCGAGGGCCAGCCGGACGAAGGAGCCCUGCUGAACCAGCUGUGCUCGGUGCUAAAGGACUAUGAGGGUCUGGAGGAGAUCGACAAGAUGCUGGGAAUCCCCACGCUGGCUGGACAGGGUCCUAUGUCAGACCAAGACCAGUACCUCAGCUCCUCAGACCCAGCAGCCAGAAUGAAGCCUCCCCAAUACAGUCAACACUAUGGUGGCCAGCCAGGUUAUGGCGGCAUUCCUCCUGAUGGCGGAUUCCACGGCCCCUCUAUGGGUGGCCACAUGGGGCCGCAAAGGAUGCCACAUGCUGGUUACCCCCCAAUGAUGAGGAUGCCUGGGGCCACGGGGCCCAGACCGGCCGGAAUGAGGCCAGGGGGGCCUAAUCCGGUAGUGCAACCUCAGCCCAACAACCUGAGACUCCAGCUGCAGCACAGACUCCAGGCCCAGCUGAACCGUCAGCCAAUGGUGAACCAGAUGAGUGGAGUGUCCAAUAUGAAUCUACCUCUAAGGUCUAAUGUACCAAACCAGGGAACCCUCAACGCCCAGAUGCUGGCCCAGCGUCAGCGCGAGUACCUCAGCAACCACCUACGCCAACGCCAACAGCAGCAGCAGCAGCAGCAACAACAACAACAUCUGCACCACCAGCGUGCCAUGAUGAUGCGGACUCAGGGCAUCAACAUGCCGCCGAACAUGCCCAGCGGGGGCGCCGCUCCCACGCCGAUGCCCAUCGGUGGCACCAACCCGCGUCUCCCGCAGGGCAACCCGCAGCAGUUCCCCUACCCGGCCUCCAGCUACGGUACGGGCCUGCCCUCUCCUCCUCCACCUCCUCAUCCUCAUCCCGGCUCCUCCCCUCUCUCCCCCAGUCAUCAUCUGACUAGCCAGGGCAUGAUGGGAAAUGUAGGCGGGCAUUACAGCGGGGUAAUGAGUCCGCCAUCACAGCACAGUGCCUUCCAGUUCAGCAGUUCAGGAAUGAGCCAACAGCAGCAACACCAGGAUCCGGUGUCAGGCUUCCCAUGUGGGGCUGCAACCCCUCAGAGCCCUCUGUUGUCCCCCAGGAUGGGGCAGGGUCAGAGCCCCAUGCUGCAGCAGAGUCAGGGCCAACCACAACCCCAACCCCAGGGCCCGAACCAGGGGGGACCCCCCAGCUACCAGCCUAGCGCCGACCUCAACGGAUGGCCCCAACCUGCCAACAUCUCCACCAGCAACAGUGUGUACCCCCAACAGUCGCAGUCCCAGUACGCAGCACAACCCAACGGAGGAAUGUACAACGGCAACAGCAUGAACAUGGGAGUCAUGGCCAGCAAUGGUGGCAACAUGAACCAGAUGUCAGGACAGAUGAGCACCAUGAAUACAGAGCAGGUCAGUGACAACAGCCUGAUCUUGGAGCAGCUGGCAGGAAUUGACAUGCUGACACAAGAUGGUGACGCCAAUUCUAAUUAUUGCUGACCCCAGCUGUGGUUGAGACAAGGCGACACAGGAGCUCAUGACGAAGCAGCGAGGAGUCUGGGACGAGAGACAGAAACACUGCUUCCUGUUUCACACCAGCCAACUCAGAGGCGCCAGUCAGAGAGAGGACAACCAACACAUGUAAAACCUUUUGAACUGCACUGACUCAG